AUGAGGGGUCUUCCACUCUUGUCGCUUGCCUUCCUUGGGGUCUGUAGUGCCCUUACCGUGCCCCACUCUGCUGUCCACCCACGGGAUCUGGCGGUUCAGCAUGGGAGCAUCGAGGGUCGGAUCACAAACGGAAACCUGGCCACCGAGGGUCAGGUGCCCUACAUCGUGGGAGUCAGCCUGAACAGCAACGGAAACUGGUGGUGGUGCGGUGGAUCCAUCAUCGGCCACACUUGGGUGCUGACCGCCGCCCACUGUAUCGCUGGUGCUGACGAAGCUUCACUAUACUACGGAGCCAUUAACUACAACGAACCUGCCUUCCGACACACCGUCAGCAGUGAGAACUUCAUCAGGUAUCCCCAUUACGUAGGACUGGACCAUGACUUGGGCCUGAUUCGCACCCCCCACGUGGACUUCUACAGUCUGGUCACCAAGAUCGAGCUACCCAGCCUGGAUGAUCGUUACAACUCCUAUGAGAACAGUUGGGCUCAGGCAUCUGGUUGGGGUGCCAUUUAUGAUGGCAGCAAUGUGGUAGAGGACUUGCGAGUUGUGGACCUGAAGGUGAUUUCUGUGGCGGAGUGCCAGGCCUACUACGGAACGGAAACCGCCUCCGAGAACACGAUCUGCGUAGAGACUCCGGACGGAAAAGCCACGUGCCAGGGUGACUCUGGUGGUCCACUGGUCACAAAGGAAGGUGAUAAGCUCAUCGGAAUCAGUUCAUUCAGCUCCGAUUACGGCUGUCAGGUUGGAGGACCAGCUGGCUUCACCAGAGUCACCAAAUACCUUGAAUGGAUCAAGGAGGAGACUGGAAUUUACUAUUAAAAGCUUUAAUAAAUCUUUCUUAAUUUUUUUCAGACAAUUAAAUGUUGAAUUAAAGAUUUUGCCACGCUCUUA